CUCUCUCUCUCUCUCUCUCUCUCUCUCUCUCUCAUAAUUGAGACAUCAAGAGGCGAAAUUUGAAGAAAGCUAGUACCAGCACUCACUUGCAACCUCUCCUUUGUUCAAGUUCUACAGCAGGGUCUGUUUCAUUUUCUUUGAUUUUUUUGUCCUGGAUUUUGGCUCUUUUGUCCUUAUGCUAGUUCAGUGGGUUCAGAUCUUAAUGAUGGCUUCUAGGGUUUUAUUUUAGGGAGAUGGUUAAAUUUUAAUUUUACUUUUGUUUUGUCACUGUUUGUGAUUUUUUUGGGUUCUGAAAAGUUGGGUCUUUUUUAGAUUCCUCACAAAUGCUUGUUGAUUUAACACAUGCAUUGUCAUUGUGAAACUUCUACCUCUCUUCAAUCCUCUUCUGGGUUCCCUCUCCCACUUGCUCUGUUUUUCCUCUGUUUCAUCGAAUUCCAGAGUUUUGAGCCAAUCCGCUGAUGCAGAAACCCUAAUUAUAUAAACUAUAUCUGGGUUUUUGACGGUGUUCAGUUUUUAUGAGGUGGGGUAUGGAGAUUCUGUCACCGGCCUCUUCUUUUUCGAGCUCAAGGUGGUUGCUUGAAGACAGCAAGAGCACACUAUGGACACCAGAAGAGAACAAAAAGUUUGAAAAUGCUCUUGCAUUAUUUGAUAAUGACACGCCCGAUCGAUGGCAAAAAAUCGCGGCAAUGGUUCCGGGGAAGACUGUGGGGGAUGUAAUGAAGCAAUAUAAAGAAUUGGAGGAUGAUGUCAGUAGUAUAGAAGCAGGGUUAGUUCCAAUUCCUGGAUAUAGUACCUCCCCUUUUACCUUGGAGUGGGGAAAUUGUCAUGGUUUUGAUGGAUUCAAGCAAACAUAUGGUCCUGUGGGGAAGAGAUCUUCGUCGAAUCGGUCUUUGGAGCAAGAGAGAAAGAAGGGUGUUCCAUGGACAGAAGAAGAGCAUAAACUGUUCUUGUUGGGGCUUAAAAAGUAUGGAAAAGGUGACUGGAGAAAUAUCUCCCGCAAUUUUGUGAUUACUAGAACUCCGACUCAAGUUGCUAGCCAUGCCCAGAAGUACUUCAUCAGGCAGCUCUCGGGUGGAAAAGAUAAGAGAAGAGCAAGCAUACAUGAUAUAACAACUGUUAAUCUCAACGAGAAACAAACGCCUUCGCUAGACAGUAAAAAACCUCCUUCACCGGAGCAAUCUUCUGUGCUUUCCCAGCAGCCGAAUUCUACUUCCAUGCCAACACCUUUUCAAUGGGAUCAGCAAAAUGGUUUUAACCUAGCACAUGGGAAUAUGUUCAUGUCACAUUAUGGAGUUGAUUCAUAUGGUGGGAUUAAAAUGCAGGGUCAAAAUCUUCAGAGAGUUGCUUUACAUGAACCUCAUGAAAGACCUCAGAAUUUGGUUUUUCAAGUGCAGACUGCGCAGCACUAUCCUCAUGGAUGAUAUUAUUACCCUGAAAACUCUCAAUGGCUUGGAAGGCCAUGUCUAAUUUCAGUCCUGUACCACAGCUGUGUUUCUGCAAUUUUUGGGUCCUUUUGCGAAUAUAUUUGGCUUUGAAUUAGCAGAUAGUAAUUGAACUGGAAGGAUGUUGGAUUAUUGUUGCUAGGAAGUUCAAAUUCUAUGCUGCCAAAUUGCUAUGGAACAUUCUCAAUAUGGGUUCUCUUUUCAUUUUGAUUUUUCAGUAGUUUUAUUGAGGACUUUUGAGGCUUUCUACCCUGAAUAUAUACUCCGUAUGAGGUUAUCCAAAUUCCCGCAAAGCAAAUUGGAAUGUAUAUCAGGAAUGCGGUGGUUUUAGGAGUGAAA